AUUGAUAUACUUUAUUCAUUUUCAGGUGGCUCAUUAAAAUACUGAAAUUUACUAAUUACUCCUCGCAUAACAGUGCCCAAUAAGUAUCCUACAUGAUUGCCAAUUUGAGUAGGAUAUUUGGAACUCAAUGUUUAUGGUUUUUGGCAGUUCUGACAAACAGAAAAAAUCUUUGUGAGAGUUAAAAGUGACGAGGCCUCAAUGAGAGGCCUGAAGAGUUGUUCUGUGAGUAGAACAUGGACAUGACAAGGACCCGACUAGCUGGACAAAUGUAAUGAUUACCUGUUACAUAUGCCAGGCCUGACAGGGUAUCAGUUGAGAAGGGCCAAAAGAGUGGGUGAAGGGGCUUGGAGAACCAAGAAGAGGUAUCGUGAAGAAGGAAACAUCACGUGUGGCAGGUUGUACCUUGCCAGCUGUGCAAUGGCCGCUGGCACUGGAGUGACCCGUCUCUCGCGUAUUAUGAUGUGGUUACUUACCCUGGCUGGUGUCCCUGUCAUCUCACCACUAAUAGCAGAGGGAGUAAUAAGACCUCCUGAAGAUGUUCCCGUACAGACUACCCACUGUCAACGUUACAACCAUACCAUGUGUGACAAGGAUGGUCUACAAGGUUGCUCAGGGAUAGAAACCUGCCCAAAAUGGCAAGAGCCUGAUAAGAAAAAUCAUUGUUUUGUCCUGUGGACAAACAGCUCAGAGGGAAAGGUGGAGAUUACAUUCAAAGGCUGUUGGUCCAAUGAUCAGAGCUGCAGGGAUGAGUGUGUCAGCAAACAGGCUGUUAGCAGCUUAAAAGGAGAAAAGAACCACAUAUUUUGCUGUUGUAAUGGAAAUAGCUGUAAUCAGAACUUUUCUUGGGAACCUGCAGAAGAUGUCUCCACCACAAAACCUCCCUCAGUUGAAGUGGAUAACAAAGAUGCAAUGGUUCAGACGGUGCUGUGGACGCUGGGUACACUCAUCACUCUUGUUGUGAUUGUUGCGUUGCUUUUCUACCUCUACCGGCGACGGAAGAUGGCCAACUUUUUGGAAAUUCCAACUGUUGAGUCAACUGCACUAGCUCCCCCUUCCCCACCCAUGGGUCUGAGACCUAUACAGCUACGGGAGAUCAAAGCACGUGGGAGAUUUGGCGCAGUGUGGAAGGCACAACUUCAUUCAGAUAUUGUUGCUGUGAAAAUCUUUCCAGUACAGGAUAAACAAUCAUGGCAGGUUGAAAAAGAAGUGUAUUCACUCCCCCAAAUGUCCCAUGAAAACAUUUUGCAAUUCAUUGGAGCCGAAAAGCGUGGGGACAACCUUCAGGCAGAGUAUUGGUUGAUCACAGCAUACCAUGAUCGAGGAUCUCUGUGUGACUAUCUCAAGGCAAAUCUGGUAACCUGGGCUGAACUCUGCAAAAUUGGAGAGUCUAUGGCAAGGGGACUCAUGUAUGUGCAUGAAGAGCAGCAAGCCACCAAGUGUGAAGCACUGAAACCUUCUAUUGCCCAUCGAGACUUCAAGAGUAAAAAUGUACUUCUGAAGAGUGACCUCUCAGCUUGCAUUGCUGAUUUUGGCCUGGCGCUGGUCUUCCACCCUGGACAGCCAACUGGGGAUACUCAUGGACAAGUUGGAACAAGAAGGUACAUGGCGCCAGAGGUUCUGGAAGGAGCAAUUAACUUCCAGCGUGAUGCCUUUCUACGUAUUGACAUGUAUGCUUGCGGUUUAGUACUUUGGGAGAUUCUCUCAAGGUGCUCAAACCAAGAGGGUCCUGUGCCAGAGUACCAUCUGCCAUUUGAAGAGGAGGUUGGGCAGCACCCCACCUUAGAUGACAUGCAGGAGUGCGUUGUUGCUCAGAAGGCACGUCCUGCAAUUCGUGACUGUUGGCGAAAGAAUCCGGGCAUGAUGGCCUUAGUUGAUACCAUGGAGGAGUGCUGGGAUCAUGAUGCAGAGGCUCGUCUCUCGGCUUCUUGUGUUGUAGAGAGACUUGCUGUGUAUACCCGAAACCAGCACUUUUCCCCUACCUCAAAUCCACACAAGGAGUCAAGCAUAUAAGGCCAUUAUGUGGUGGCCACGUACCUGGACAAGUACCUGUGCUGUAACCGCCUAUUCUGGGUCCUGGUGCGGGACAGACCCCAGCCACCGCGUCCCACAGGCACCAGCUGUGUUGGGGGCCGAGUGUAUCAUGUAACUGCCUCAGUCCCCCCUCUCCCCCUUUUCCCAACUUUUAAUCUGUACACCACAGCCAUUAACUACAGUUGCAGCUUCUCUUGACUAAGCAAAGUCUAGCCAGUCUAAGAAGAUUGGGCUUUGGGGACUUAUCCUAGAGAAUGUACUCAUCCUUUGUGAGUGCAUCAAGCUUGGUACUGGCGGGUGAGAGGCUGUGUGAGUCAGAUAUGUCUUCCUGUAACUGAUUAGUGCAAUAGUUUGAUAUCCUUGGCGGUGCUUCAGAUGCAUUUCCCCCCUUCCCGUAUGAAAGAACUGACAUAAAAUAAAAAUGAAUUUUUCAAAGUCCAGUGUGUCCAACCAUCUCUUUUAUUUGGCUGGUUUGGUGUUGGGUGAGGGGGGAGACUGAGUGUGGUGCCAAAGGGGUCAACAGGGAAGUGCUCGGACUGCUAAGAAAGGCCACCUGAAAGGAAGGUAACUCAUGAGAACUUUCUCCCUGGCUGUUACAAUAUUCUCUGGGGCACUCGUCAUCAUCAUCAUCAAACAUCCUCGUGACUCGAAGCAUUUUAUUGUUUUAAUGUUAUAUUAUUCCAAACCAAGAGUUACAUGCAAGCAUCUACAUGUGAAAAAGAAGAAAAAGAAGAAUAGGCAUCUACAAGACGGUAAUGGCAAGAUUUGGAAUUAGGUUUACUGAAAAAUUACUUUAAGAUAUGUAGAAAUGAAACUUUAAAAAUGGGAAAAAGAUUAAAAAGAAAAUAUUGCUCUAUUGAACAAUAGGAACCAGAGUAUGGAGCUGAAUAGCAGCUAACUUCUCAGGAAAAUGGAUGGAAUUCCAGUGUGUGUCGAAUGACCUUUUAGAAAAUGUUAUUGCUGUUUGCAUUCAACUUGCUGAAUUGAAGGAAACAAAAUAUUCUUAACGGAUUGGCAGUAGCUGCCCACCUUGGGAAUGUUUGACCUCAGGAAUGCCCUUCCAAGAGUCCCUACUGCCAGAGUUAGUUCCUUGAGUUGAGUACCGACAAGGUGGGGUUUAUUGUACUAUGUAAGUACUUUUUGGGAAUGCUCCCAGUUUUAUGGUUCUGCAUUUUCUUAAUCUGAAUGUGUCUAGUUCUGUGCAUUGAAACUGUGGAGUGGAUGCUGUGUUAUGAUAGUAAUAUUUACAGUUUGUUGGCAUAUGUUCUUUAAAAAAUAAAAAAUAAAAAAUAAAAAAAAAAUCAUAAAAAUCAUAAAAAAAUAAGACUUGGUUUUUAGAGCUAAGAUCAGCAUACUUUGCAUCCAGCCAUUCAAUUUUGCAGCUCAUAGUGCAGCUUCAAGCUCAACUCAGUAACUCAGGCAUAAAAAAUAUGGUUGUGCCCUCCUGGCAAGUGUUUGAGUGUGUGGAAAAAGGGUUUGGGUUUGUCAGUCAACCAAUAAGGACACAUUUUGGGCAUCCAUUUAUGGAAAUGCAAAAACGAGAUGAGUAAAAGUUAUAUUGGCCAGAGAGCCUAUGAAUAAUGCCAUUCAAACACAGAGAAAAUGAUUGAAAACAAUGAAAAGAUGCUAAAAAGUAUUUGUGAUUCGUGAAAGCAUGUAAGAAAUAGUUUCAGAAUCAGUUGAGGAAAGAUGAGGGAAUAGAAUUCAAGAAUGUGUCCAGUAUUUUUUAGAGGGUAGGCUUUGGAAAUAUCAAGUGAUAACCUUCUAAGCUGGUACAAAAGUCUGACGACCCUGCCCAGUAAAAUCAGUUCUCUAAGGCCAGCAGAGGGCCACGAUUGGGCUGCCUCUUUACCGUCAGCUCAGGAUACCCUUCAGUGACCACCCUGUUACCACUUUGCCCCCACACACGUACAUACCCUCAUACUGUAAAUAUUUGCGCCUUGUUUGUAGCAUUACAGAAGUUGUCGCCAGCAAAACGGAACUAGUGAUUAUUUUAAUGUGGUUUAUUUGUGAAACCAAUGGUGCUUUUUUUCUUCUAUCUCCAAGAUGAAUGUUAACUGUUGUAUAAUGAAGAAGCCAACUUGAGUGAGGACACUGGCACAUUGCCCACUCAGCAUUGUAAAUACCUCAUGCCUGUACACAGCCUCAUGACCUUUGGCAUCCAGACCUCACCAUGACAGAUCAUGAGUGCUUUUGUUCUAAUUGCUGUUGCCUCUUGCUUGAGGAUGAGAAGCAUUUUAUCACCAGUUGCCUGGAAACUAAGAAGCUGGGAAAAUGUUUAUAAUAGCCAAAUUGGACUGAAAGAAGAAGGAAUUUUAGAAUAUGAAAAUAUAGAAAAGGGAGCUGUGAUUAGAAUCAACUUGGGUUUUAAGUUUCUAGUUCAGUAUUGCAAAAGUGGCUGUUUACAGAAAUUUACUAUUUCAAAAAUAUGAUGAGAAAAUUUAUUUGUAAGUUUGAUUGGAUGGAAAAUACACAUGUUGAUAUUGGCUGUGUUAACUGAGGCUGUAAUUCUAAUAAUAUUGCUGUCUAGCCUGAGGCUAUGGUGUAAUAAAGAACACAGAGCUAAAGAAAAUGGUUGUGAGGACUGGAGCCGUCAUGUGAUAGACUGGAUACGUAUGGGGACUCGUGGGCACCUGGCUUGUGUCCGAGGAAACCCACUUAAAUUUGUCAUCAAGACGAAGAUUAAUUGUGUAUGGGGAAUAUUGCUUUCACAUUCUCUCUCUUUCUCUCUCUCUCUCUCUCUCUCUCUCUCUCUCUCUCUCUCUCUCUCUCUCUCUCUCUCUCUCUCU